AUGUUGAUGUUUACGAGUCUUUUAUUUGUUUGCUUUGCAUCUAUUUAUGCUGGUGAGAGUGUAUACCCUGACUGUCAAAAUCCCGAUAAUAAUGAAAGAAUCCCAAAUGGUAGCAAAUUUAAGCUAGAAAAUUCUGGAGAUUGUAUUGAGUUUACCUGUAAAGAUGGUGGAUAUUCUGCCUCUUCUGUUGAGUGUGACAAUAAUGGUGAAUGUGUGGCAGUAGGCCGGACAGUUGAAGAAAAUUGUAGAUCCAAAAAGUGUGUUUAUGAUAAAUUUGUUGGAUUUCAAGUUACUGAAACAAAAUGUGAAGAUGACGAGGGACAAUGUCACAGUCCAGGAGAAGAAUUUACCAGAACUUAUCAAGGAACAACUUACUCAAAGACAACAUGCACCGUUGAUGGGAAUUUGGUCAAGUAUUCUUACAAAAAUUAA